AUGCUGAGAAAACCUGGAAACGCGAAGGUGCAGCCCAGAAGCCCGACGACUGGCUCGCAAAUCAAAAGACCGCGUCUCCUGGCCCCCGCGGGGAGGGAUCAGGUCAAUGUGAAUGAUGGCGAUUCUCAGCAAGUCCAAGUCCAAAAAAUUGUUUCAAGCGCAAAGGAAGAAAUUCGAUCGCAGAAAUGGGCUGUGAUAGUCGCCAGUGCCGCUAAACAGCCAUAUGACUCCUAA